UUAGUCACUAGAAACAUAAGAGCAUAAAAUGUUGGCUAUACUACAGGUUGUUUCGUUAGUUUCCAUACAGCUCAUACGAUACGGGACGGCCAAGAAUAGCAAAGAGCACGCGAAUCUAGCCGUCCUGUAACUGAGUCUGGUGAAGGCGACCGACCGCUCCCUUCAUACUCCGUCAGAACGAAUUUUAACGUAUAUUUUUUUUUCUAGAAAAACACGCGAUCCGCGAUUAAGUUGUAUAUGGAGGUAAAAAGUGAGAAACGAUCGUUUCAGCGUGUCGAAUCACGCAAAGUGAACUGAAGUGAAGUGGCCUCGGCGAAGUUAAAAUCUAAAAACGUAGAGAAGAGAGAGAGUGGAAGAAGAGAAAGAAAGAGAAGAGACUGUGCGAAGUGGUUAUAAGGUUCUUAAGUGCAGUCGUGCGUGUUUUCGGGUAAUGUCUCUCGAGAGUCGUUCGAGUUCAGCCCUAUUUAAAAGGGCUGAACAGCUCAAACGCUGGGAACAGUCCGAAACAAAUCGCGAACCGACUCAACCACGUCAGAUUGCACGGAAGAUUAAAUUCUCUGCGGAUUGUGUGUUUCUGGCAGCAUGCGCGGCAGGCGACAAGGAGGAGGUCGUACGUUUACUUCAAAAGGGGGCGGAUAUCAACACCGGAAAUGUUGACGGUCUUACAGCAUUACAUCAAGCAUGUAUCAAUGAUGAUCUGGAUAUGGUCGAAUUUUUAGUGGAAAAAGGAGCUGAUAUCAAUUGUGGAGAUAAUGAAGGAUGGACACCAUUGCAUGCAACUGCAUCUUGUGGAUUUAUAUCUAUUGCUAAAUAUUUAAUAGAAAAAGGAUGUAAUUUGGCAGCAGUUAAUUAUGAUGGUCAAUUGGCUCUUGAUAUUGCUGAAAGUGUUGAAAUGGAAGAUAUGCUGCAACAACAUAUAAGUAAAGCUGGUAUAGAUUGUGAUCAAGCUAGAAGUGAAGAAGAAAGAUCAAUGUUAAAUGAUGCCAGAGCAUGGCAAUCAGGAGUAGCUGGUAAGGAUUCAAUCCAUCCUAAAUCAGGAGCUACUGCUCUUCAUGUUGCUGCUGCUAAAGGUUACAUUGAUGUCAUGGAAAUAUUACUUCAAGCAAGAUGUGAUGUUAAUGCUCAAGAUUUUGAUGGUUGGACACCUUUACAUGCUGCAGCACAUUGGGGACAAUUAGAAGCUUGUGAACUUUUAGUGGAAAACUUUUGUAAUAUGGACAUUAAGAAUUAUGCUGAUCAAACUGCAUUUGAUAUUGCUGAUACAAAUAUAUUAUCAGCCCUGGAGGAAUUAAAAGCAAAGCAACAGUUGUGGAUGAAAGACCAUCCACAAAUUAUUAAUAAAAAACAAUCAACUGUACCAAAGAAACGUAUAUCAACAAAUAAUGAAAAUACUAUAACCACACAAGAAUCUGUAGAAACAUUUGAAGAAGAAACACCAAAUAAAGUUAAAAAGGUUGAAUUAGAAAUUCAAUCUGAUAAAGAAGAUUCUAGUGGAACAAAUAGCGACGUUGAAGCGACACGUGAAACAGAUAUGGAAGAGAGUGAUGGUGAAGGUGAAUCUGAGACUAGCUCAGACUCACAUUCUUCCACUUACUCCAAUCAAUCUGAUAAGUCUAACGAAUCAAACCACUCUCCAUGUCUUACAGAUGAUGAAAAGAAAAAUAGAGCAAACAGAGAGGAAACAUCAUCACGUAACACUUCAUCAACUAUUGAUACUAAUAAAGUUCCUAAUCAGGCUCCAAUAAUGCCUCCAAAACAACAGACUGAUAAUGAAGAAGGAAUUAUACCAUCUUGGCGACGAUCUGGUUCUUUUAGAAAUAGGGUACAAAAUACAGAGACAACUCACACUUUAUCUUCUAGACUUGAAGAAAAAGAUAAAAAUAUUAAGUCACCAACCAUGUCAAAUAAACUUAAUACAGAACCUGAUGUUGUAUUAACAAGAACACAUAGUUUUGAAACAGAUGAAAAGUUUUAUGAGCAGUACUUGGCAUUACGAGCUCGAAUCAAGGCGUUUUCUUGUCCUACUCUCCAUUGCUGCAACGCAGCUACUCCUACUUACACCAAUACUACGACCCGUUCUGCAUCUCUACGCGAAACCCACAGAAGAAAAGAAGCAAAAUUAAAUUUGGAACUCUCAAGACUGCCACAAGGAAGCAAUACACUUUCACCAACAUCUACAUCAAAAACAAUAGUGUCAAGUACACUGCCAACUACAACUACAGCUACUACAACUGCCACAACAACAACUACUACAAGUCCUAUUCCAACUAAUCAAAUACGCAGUGUUCAACCAGUGGAAGCUACAACCACAAACAAUUCAGUAGCAGUUCCUGGAACUCCCACUACACCAGGAGGGAGCAAGCUAAGUCCAGGAAAUAUCUUCAAGAAUUUCUUCAAAUCAUUUGUUCCUCCUGUUCGUGAUGAGGAAAGUGAAACACAGAGAAAAGCACAUGCAAAGAGAGUAAGAGAAACUCGACGUUCAACUCAAGGAGUAACAUUAGAUGAAAUUAAAAGUGCAGAACAAUUAGUAAAAAAGAAACAACAAAAUAAUGAAAUUUCUUCCACAAUAUCUUCUACACAGUCUGCAACCACUACCAGCAAUACAGCCUCAAUUACAGCUACAAUAACAACAGCAACUCCUACUACUGUAACUACAAAUAAACCUUCUGAAGAACUUAAUUUACCUGAAAGACGACCUUCUUGGAGGUUAAAAGUGGAUAAUGGAAGCAAGUUUCAGUUAGAAGAUGCUAAUAAUAGAACUACUACAUUAUCUAAUCCAGAUACUGCUACAUAUAUGAGAAGACCUUCUGCAGGUUCUAAUGUACCAAGACCAUCAUCAGCUCCAAUUGAAACUAUCGCAACGAGUAGUGCAGAAACAACGGUGACAUUACCACUUAGACGAUCGUUAAAACAAUCUGAAGAUAAAGAACAAGAUAAAGAAAAUGAUAGUAGAAAUGCACAAGCUACACAAGCUGUUAUACAAAGGAGACGAAGACCUAAAAGGAGAUCUACUGGUGUUGUUCAUGUUGAUAUGGAUGAAAUUGAUCCUGAAAAGCAAGACUUAACUGCUGGUGGUGAUUGUGAUGAAUCUAAAAUCAAUCACAAUGAGGGAUCACAAGGAAAACCAACAACAGCUGCAGGAUUAAGAGCUCAAGCAUCAGCAAAUGGAAAUUCAAUUUUUGGAAACAGAUCACGAAGUAUUAGUGGAUUAUUUCCUUUAAAUCAAAAUAGUUAUUCUGGUUUGUUAGGUAUUAAUGGAAAUCCUAUUGGAUUACCAAAUUUUUUUAAUAAAACUAUAAAAAGUAAUGAAUCAUUUAGAAAAAUUCCUUAUUCAAAUUCUACAAGUAAUUUAAAUUUUCAAAAUCCAUAUACAACUUAUGGUGGAACAGCAUCAGGAUACGGAAGUAUAACUCUGCCAAUAAAUAUAAACUCUUUACGUUUACCAUCUUCUACAAGUUAUAAUUAUUUAAAUCUUAAUUCAAAUAAUCAUUCACAAGUGCAAAGAACAGAAAGCUUUAAUAAAACGAAAACAAAACGAAAUGUUCAAAUUGGAUCUAGAAGUUCUAGUUUACAAAGUUUAGCCAGUUCUGAAGGAUAUAUUAGUGGAAACGAUCGUACUGGAAGAUCUAAUAGAUUAGGAUCUAUAUCAUCAUUAUCAUCAGAAGCACCUUCUAUGUCAGUUAGAAUAAAAUCUACUACUUCUGAAAAUGGCGAACUAGAUUAUAAAAAAUUGUAUGAAGAAUCUCAAGCAGAAAAUGAAAGACUCAAAGAAAAGCUUAGGCGAUCAGAUGAACAAUUAAAAGAAACUAGAAAUUUAUUGGAUAAAGCACAAAGUGCUCAAAAUAAAACAGUCCUAUCUGAAGCUGAAAAAAGAGAAAGGAGAGCAAUGGAAAGGAAACUCUCAGAAAUGGAAGAAGAAUUAAAGGUGAUGGACCAAUUGAAAUGUGAAAACCAGAGGCUAAAAGAUGAAAAUGGUGCCUUGAUCAGAGUAAUCAGCAAAUUAUCUAAAUAAUUUCAAUUUUAAAAGAAGGCUAUAUAGCGUUUCUUAUGUUACAAUUGCAUUACAAUUGCAUUGAAUGAAUUGUUUUUUAGCUAUAAAAUAUCAUGAUCAUUAUUGCUAGUAUUCUUAUAAUGUAUAUUACAUCAUCACGUUAUUGAUGAAUUUAUUCUUAAUGCUAGUAAUUUAAUUUAUUAUCAAACAAAUUACUCGCGUGGCUGUGCCAAGAGCGAAGAGAGACAUUGCUCCUAUUCUUAUUAUUAUGAAUAGUUGACUAUGAAGGAUUUAGAAUUUUUACUUUCUCACAUUACACUCUUCCUGUCGAAGAUAAAUUUCAUGGUUCAUUUUAGAGCCAAUGCUUUGUAAAACAAAAUGUACUUUGUUCAAAUUGAUAAAAAACAAAUGUUCUUUAUGACAAUUUUUUUUAAAGAAUUCACAUUAUUAAUGUUGACUCUUUAUAAGAACAUUUUGUAAAUAUGUAAUAGGUAAUAAUAACGUGGCAUUUUAGAAUUAAAUAAAAAAAUUUUUUACUUUCAAAAAACAUAAAAAAUAUCAAAUUUAUUGUAUAAAUUUGUUUCUAUAAUUGUAAUGCAGACGAAUUCGUUAGAUAUUACAAAAUUAAAUAGAACAAUAAAAAAAAAAGUGAAGAUAAGAUAAUGAUUUUCAUGCUAUUCAAGUGGCCUUUCC